AUGUCACAAACAAAUUAUAUACCAUCAACACCAAAUAAAUCAACACCACCAUCAGAAUUAAGUUCAACACCAAUUGAUGAGAAUGAUAUUGGAUUAUUAGUAUCAUUGAAUCAAGAGAUAUCAAGUAAUAUUCAUGUUAAAAUUAAAAUUGAAGAAAAUAUUACAAUUGGUAGAAGUAAAACAUGUAAUAUUGUAGUACCAGAAUUAAUAGUUAGUGGUAAACAUUGUAUAAUAACAAGAGCUGAUGCAAUCGAAAAUGGUAAUACUAACUAUGGUUUAUUAAUGAUUCAAGAUCAAAGUACCAAUGGUACAUUUAUAAAUGGUAAAUUAAUUGGUAAAGGUAAAUCUAGAUUACUUAAAAAUGGUGAUAAACUUUGUUUAGGUAAAUCAACAAAAGAAAUUGAUAUUUCAUUUCUUUAUAAAUCAAAUUAUUCAAAUCAAUUAUUAUUAUCAUCAUCAACAAAUAAUUUAAAUAAUAGUGGUACUGCACAAUAUAUUUGGGAAAGAAAAGAUAUUAAAGAUGAUAUAUUAAAAGAUUAUGAUUUUAUCAAGGAAUUAGGAUCUGGUAAUUUUAGUGUCGUAUAUGAAGGUGUUAAUAAAAAUACUGGUAAAAGGGUUGCAAUUAAACAUUUAAAUCUAUCAAAAAUUAAUACACAUACUCCAAAAUUUAAAUCACAAUUAAAUAGAGAAAUUGAAAUUUUAAAAUUUAUAAAUCAUGAAAAUGUUGUUGAAAUUUAUGAUAUAUUUUAUACAAAAGAUCAACAAUUAUUUUUUAUUUUAGAAUUAGCAAAUGGUGGUGAAUUAUAUAAUAAAAUUGGAUUUAAUGAACCAUUAUUAAAUGAAAAUCAAUCGAAAUUUAUAUUCAAACAAAUUUUAAAUGCAGUUUCAUAUCUUCAUAGUAAAGGUAUUGCACAUAGAGAUUUAAAGCCAGAGAAUAUUUUAUUUGAUUCAUAUGGUGAUGAUUAUUUAAAGAUUAAAAUCACUGAUUUUGGUUUAGCAAGAUUCAUUCAUGAAGGAGAAUUGGCCAAAACUUUAUGUGGUUCACCGUUAUAUGUUGCUCCUGAAGUAAUUUUAUCAUUACAUCAUAAAAAUAAAUAUGGAACUAAUAGUAGUAGUAGUAGUCAAUCACCUACAAAAGAUAUUAAUUCAGUUGGUUAUGGUAAAUCUUGUGAUGCUUGGUCAUUAGGUGCAAUUUUAUAUAUUGUUUUAUGUGGUACACCACCUUUUGAUGAUGAUGAUGAUGAAGAAAUGUCAACACCACAACUUUUUGAAAAAAUUGUUUCUGGAAAUUAUAGAGUUGAAAAAUUAGAAAAGUCAUUAAUUUCAAGUAGUGCAGCUGAUUUGGUUAAAGGUUUAUUAACUGUUGAUCCUGAUAAAAGAUUAACUGUUGAACAAGCUUUAAAUCAUCCUUGGAUAACUGAAAUAAAUAAUAAUAGUAAUAAUAAUAAUAAUAAUAUUAAUAAUAAUAGUAGUAAUAUUAACAUAAUUAAAAAAUCACCAUUAAAAACUGUAAAUACAAAUAAUAAUAAUAAUAACUGUAAAUUAUCAUCACCUAUUAAAAAUUCAAGUAAAUUAAAAAGAAAUUUAUCAAAUGAACCAUUAAAUAAUAAUAUUAGUAAUAAUAAUAAUACACAAACAAGUUUCACUGGUUCAUUAUUAAAUCAAUUACAAUUAAAUGAAGGUGAACUUUUAAAAAAAAGAAAAACUUUUCUUUCAAAUAAUGAUCAAAAAGAAAAUAUAAAUCCUGUUAUCAAUAAUCCUUUUUUAAAAUCGUCACAAUAA